AGUAACAAAAUUUUAGCAAUGGAGCCACGCACAUUUUUAUUUGAAGCCGUUGUUACGCGCUUCGAAGCAAAAAAUGUGGAGGAACUCGAUCUUAGGCUACUAGAAGUAACUUUGCUGUUCAAUAACAUCAGCGUAUCAAUAACAGCUGGACGCAUAAAUGUCAACGAAAUAGUUUCUGGCUUUGGCAUUGACUUUGUCGUGGACCCCAUUAGCUUGAGAAGCAAAUUGGAGGAACAAGGCAUACAAAUGAUGGUGUGCUAUGCAGCUGAGAUUCUGGGCGCUGGUGUGAUCAUGUUGCCCAAAAUGUGCACAGACCGCAUAGUAGAUGGCAUGAACGAAAUAAUGCAUCUGGACUCGUGUCAGAUUGAAAACGAUGCUGGCAAGCCGGUGGGCUCAAUAGAAAUUCUUAUUCGACUCAUGAUUAAAUGCGAUGAAAACGUGGCAAGAGGCAACUGUGAACGAAAUACUGGCGAGAAUAUAAAUCCCAAUGACAUUUUGUUUAUAGUUAGUGAACCUCCAAGACCUGAUCGGUGUGAUCCUUGUGCAGGCUUAGAAGACCAACAAUAAAUAUUAUGCAACUCCUUUUUAAUUUUAUA